AUGACAACCAAAGAGCAAUCCGAAAAGCCAUCAUAUGCCAUCACAGGCAUACCUAUCAAAGGCGAUGGCGGCAAAGUCCCUGUCCGCAAGGACAUUGACAUAUGGUAUGAAGAACAGGCGGCUGGGAACCGCAUUCAACUCACCCUCUUCCUGGAGGCCUUGACUCUGAUGCAAAGGCGUGGUCUGGACGACAAGCUGUCGUAUUUCCGACUGGCGGGGAUCCAUGCCGCGCCCGGGGGUGAAUGGGAUAACGUUGACCCUGCGCCCACAAACUCUGGCAAGAAGCAGGGAUUCUGCGUGCAUAAUCACUACACCUUCCCUACCUGGCACCGAGUCUAUAUGACGCUGUUUGAGCAAGCUACAUACGAAGCAAUGAUUGAGUUUAUCAAUACUGAGGGAAAUGUCCCUUUGACCGAGCGAGACACGUGGAAAAAGGAGGCAGGCCAGUGGCGUCUACCGUACUGGGAUUUUGCCCGGUUCCCAGACCAGCCACAAACCGGGGGACGGGAAAACGAAAAUAGGAAGCUGCGGUUGCCAAAGCUGGUGACGGAGUCAAAUGUUGAGAUUGAAAGGAUGGAUGCGACUAAGAGCAAAAUGGAGCGCACGAGUGUGCCCAAUCCGGUUCACAGAUACGCUAGUCCAGUGCCAAUGGGUAAACUUGACGGUAAAUACGCCAUCGACGAGGAAAAGAUCUAUGAAGGCAACCCUCCCGAUCAAAAGUUGAAGUUCACGUAUCCGUGGGACAAGUGUGUCUCAACCACCAAGUACGGCCUUAUGGACGACAACAAACCGGCUGCCUGGGAGGAUGCAGGUCAGCAUUGGGAGAAGUCGAACCUGGCGUUGAAUGAGCACGCGUGGAGUCAAAACGCCAGGUUGGGAGACUAUCCACCGACACUCCAGGAAAUGACAUUCCGUCUUCUGAAGAGCCAUAUCAAGGACUGGGGGUCAUUUGCAACGACUCGGUUCAAUCCACGCGGUGACAGAGAAGAUGGGGGUAAGGAGGACGGGGCAAAAGAUCCUUUGAGCACGAAACCAAACACCUGGCUGUCUCUGGAGUCCAUCCAUAAUAACAUUCAUAACUGGGUUGGUGGGUCCCAAUUCCAACUUCCGCGAAACGGAGAUACGAGGUUCUGGGGCGCCGGGCAUAUGAGCAGCGUCCAGAUGGCGGCGUUCGAUCCUCUCUUCUGGGUGUAUCACUGCAACAUCGAUCGUUUAGCCGCUAUCUGGCAAGACCUCAACCCCCGUAAAUGGUUCGAUGAUGAUGAUAGUAAGGGCUUCUUGGGCAAGGAGCUGCGCCCUUUCAGUCGCAAAGAAGGUGAAGAAAUCAUCUUUUACAAGUCAAGCGACACACAGAAUUGGACGGACUUGAAUUAUGACUACGAGAUAACCCAGCAGAACAAGCUGACAGGACCUGGGGAACGCAAACCGAUCGAAAAGGCCGUCGAAAGCCUUUACGGUCAGGGAGUCAGGAAUAUCUACGAUAAAUUAGUCCCCAAGGAUGAGAGAUUAGAGGAUUACGUGCUCUCCGUUGAGUAUGACCGAUAUGCGCUGAAGGGGGAGGCCUUCAAAAUCAAUACGUUUUUCGACGAGGUUCUCAGAGACGAGUGUCAGGUUCCAGACUCCAAAGGCUUUGUUGGCAGUACAUACAAUUUCAGCGCAUCAGUUGAGGCGGGGAACUGUUCGAACUGCCGGGAACAGAUGGAAGAGGGCAUCAAGUGUAUUGCGGAGAUCCCAGCGACAAUUCCAGUGUACGCAUACCGAGCCGUACAUGGGGACAACCCAAAAGCCAUCAAAUACGUCGUGUUGAAUUGCCUGGGCGAGCCCGCGAAAGUCCCUGCCAAUAUCACGCUCAGGAAACUGGAGGUUCCAUUCUAUGAAGCUCCCUCGAGAGGGACCAUCCCUCAUUACGAGGAAGUAAGUCAUGGGGAACCGGCAAUGAACGUGUUUGAUUAA